AGCGCCGUUGCCAGGCCGGCCGCCAAACCUGCCUGAAAAAAAGCGGGUGGCAGUGGCACUGAGCAUGCGCUGUCGAGUCCCCGACGCUACAACGACCCGUCCUUUCAGCCGCUUUGCCCUCACUUGACUGCGCCUUCGCUCUUUUGCCAAGCGCUGGAGGGACGGUGGUGCUGAAAGCAAGCCGGCUGCACGUUGAAGGGUUGCCCUCCUAAUGGCCGAAGGCCGGUCGCUUCCGCCGGGAGACGAAGAGAAAAGAACUGCGGGGAAAAAACGAGUGUGCAAAAAUUUGGAGACUGUUCCACAGGCAAUCAAUCCCUGCCUUCCAUUAAGCAACUGUUUUACGGAUUACUGGGCUGUGAAGUGGAAUUUGAAGGAGAGUGAUCUCACUGAAUUGUUCAGUCCUCAGAUUAUGAAGGAGAAACCAAGUUAUAUGAUAUUUACGGAUAAUGAAGCCAAAGCUACUGCCCAGCCGUGUCCAAGAUGUAUUGCUGGUGAAUCUGGACACUUUGGUCACAUGAUGGGUUUAUAGAAGAUCAAAGGACAUUGAUACAGAGGAUAAGCUCAAGCUUAUCAAACUUAUGUAUGAUAAGCUUGAGCUGCUAAUAUUUUCUCUACUUCUCUUAAAAAUUCUUAUAGGUGUAAAAAAGACGUAAAUAAGUAAUAUUUUUAAAAGUAUUUUCAGUAGAAUCCCAGUUUGAUUUGUUUUUUAAUAUUCUAUAUUAUCUAUUGUUUAGAGAAAAAAAAAGUUCUCCACUUCUAAUACAUACGUAUCAUGUAUUACUAGCAGCAUAUUUUCCUGAAUAUAAGUUCUUAAUUGCAUUAUUUUCACUGGUACAUCUUGCAUUGAACACCCAAAAUGUGUGUUGUUUCUAAAUGAAUGUUGACAGUAAUGGUCAGCAGUAAACAUCUGUUUCAAAUAGAGAUCUAUUCUCCCAAUCUUAAAACAAUAUCAAAGAAAUUAAAUUUUGCUGAUUAGCAAUAUUCUGUGCACUUCCACCAUUUAGUAAAACUACUUUCUAAUACAAUCCCACAAAUUCUAGGGAAAGGGGAACUGGGGAACUUUAGAAUUAACUCACCUGGGGAGCAAUAAAUUGGGAGAGAUUCUUGCUGGCUGAAUCAAUCCUGAGUGACAAAAAACAAAAUGUUAAGAUAAGAACUAUUUCUUUUUUACAUGAAAUAAAAAAUGAGUCAAAUGAAUUGCUUGCAGUUCUUUGGUUGCUGCAAGUAAACCUUAUUUUAAUCUGCAUAUUUGCUGACUAUGUCAUAAAAUGCCCUUGAGGUUGUUCAAAUUAUGUUAAAAUGCAAGAUUAAAUCAAUUACUUUUAAAACAAUUUUUAAAAAGUAUACAUCUGGUACAUUUUCAUGGAUGUAUUUGUAAUUCAGCAUUACAGCAAGAAGACAUAGACCUACUUCUAAUAACAAAGUUUAUGGAAGCACUUUAUAUUAAAACAUUAGGACCUUUUAAAAAUAAUAUAUUUUUCUGCUAAGUGAAUUAACAAAAAUGUAUAAAUAAUGCCAGCACUGUAAUGUAAUAUCAGAAUUUAAAUAAAAGUUCUGUCAUAUGAUUUUAUGUAUUUUAGCUGAAAUAUUUAGCAACUGAAACCUGGUGAAUUAAACUACCAAUGGUUUAUUGCUCCUUCUGACUUUGCAGUUCAAUCAAAUACUUUUUGCUCGUGAUUGUAAUAUAGUUAUGAAUAAACUAUUAAGAAUAUAAUUAAGGAAAGGGAGUACAAUUCUCUUCUGUUCCACCACAAAACAGUUAUGCCUUUGCAAUCCAGAGACUGAGAUAUUCCUUCAGAAUGUUAUCAACAAAGCAGUUUCCAAAUCAGCAGCUUGAAGAGACCUAUGACUGCAUUCUGAUGGACCCUUAUCUCUGAAAGAGUCUCAAUGAACAAAUUGUCAGGGUUCGUCUUCUCUAUGUAAUACUUUACCUACAAAAGUGAGGAUGACCUUCACUCUUACAACCUGCCAGGGAGUUAUAAAGCCUUCAUUUGGGACGAUUGAUUCCAAAACUGCUGAUUUAGUUUUAGCAUACAGUAUUUGUUUAUUGUUUAGAUAUUAUUAUAAUAUUUUAAUACAUAUUCUACAAGUUGCCCAGAGUCUAACUGCAUUGGACAAUAAAUACAUUAAGUGUGUUAGGAAAGACUUCCUUAAAUUUCGCAGGAUUUUUGACAAGGUGCAUCCCAUCUCACCAGGCCCAUCUGAUAUUGGCAACAUUGGCUGUAGUGUAAGACUAUUAUAUAGAAUCCAGCAUUUUGUAGAUUCCAUCAAUGCAAUCAUUGCCUUUAAAUUUAGGGCUGAAGCUUACAUGAAUCAUUCAUUGGAUUCUACAUUUUCUUAUUCCAACAUUAUCUCCACAUAGAUUAUGAAACAUAGGUGGCAAAGAGGAUGACAGGUAAAUCUGUCUUACUUUAUGUCUCCCACCACUUACUGGAAAAUAAAUGUAGGAGUGCCAUUCACAAAUCUGAAGUUGUUGUUUGUAUGUAUAUUGGAAGACUUCCUAGACUUUUAUUCAGUUAUAUGUAUGAUUUAUUGUAUACUUUUUAGUAUAACCCAAGGUUGUUUUUGCUCUGUAGAAGCAGGUUUUAAACACAUGCAUGUCAUCCGCCAUUUAUAACUAUUUGUUGAGUAACCAAAAUUACAAUGGUACUGUAAAAAGUGACUUAUUCCUGUUUUUCACUCUUACGGCCAUUGCAGCAUUCCCGUGGUCACAUGAUCAAAAUUUGGACACUUGGCAACUGGUAUCUAUUUGUGGUGGUUGCAUGACUUCCCCACCCUAAGAUACCUCCUGUGCACUCCCUUAGAAAGCAGAGAGUGAUCAGUUUAUUUUAUGUGAUUCACUCCAAUGAAUCCUCAGGUUACGAAUUUAAUUGGCAGGUUCCAUUAUAUUCAUAACUCAAAAACUCUUAGACUUUUUUAAACUAAGAGAUCCUAGAAUAUUUAUAUUGGCAAGCAUUCAGUGGGGAAAUACAAUUUUAUAUUGUACAUCAUACCUUUUAAACCUUACAUUGAAUAAACAUUUGGGAUUUUUGCCCUCAAACUAAGUAUAAGUUUUGUCUCCAAAUCAAAUUGGACAAAAAUAUCAUAACCACAGAAUUGUGUUGAGAAAUGUUAACCACUUUUUCAUUUUAUAAUAGAAUAAUUAAAAAUAUAGAUACAUAGUAAUAUUUUUUGUAUAUAAAAUCUAAGAAUACUACUUUCCUGAAUGUAAAACAAAGAAAUUGAUACAGCAAUUUACAUUUUGUUGCAUAACUUUAAAACUUUGUAUUUAGUAAAUUAUAAUUUAUUAUUAUUUUUUUAAGCUGGAGUAUUAAAUAGCAUAUUUGCUGUUAAGGCUGACAAUUAUGUUUUUAAAAGAUCUGUUAAUGUGUAAUAAAAAUUUAUUUUACCUUUCCUAAAUUUAUCUUCCAAAUCUGCCCAGGUAAAUUGUAUUUCAUGUUCUCCCUUCACUUAUUUCCUCAGAAAUAAAUAAAAUAGAAUUUAGAAGACUA